AUGUAAUUAAAUGAAGCUAAAGCAAUUUUGUUUAAUAAAUUGUAUGAAAGGGAUAUUUGCAUCAGAUGCAUCUUUAGAUUGUUUAAAAUUACUGAGAUAAAUGCUUAUAAGGAGACUUAAUAAUUUAUCUAAAUAUUAUUCGAUGUAGGAAAAAUGAUUGGAAAGGAAAAUGUAAAAAUAUAAAUAAAUAUAAAAGAAAUUAGUAGAAGAGUAUGAUUUUUUAUUUAAAAAAAGAAAAGCUCCAAUUUAAUAUUCUGAUGUAUAACCUUUGACUUGUCAUUCUACACUAAAAGAUUAAUUUAUUAAAACUCCUUUUCAUAUAUUUGAUAAAAUUAACAAAUGUGUAAUAUGUCAUGGGAUACUAUAAUGUUUAGAUGAUUAAAAGUUCAUUGAAAUAUUAGUAAAUGAAAUCAAGCAAAAACAAUAUACAUUUGAAGCAUUUAAAUUUUAAGUUAAAACACCAAUAGGUUGUUAGAUCAGAUAAAUAAUGAUAGUAAAUUAAUGUAUUUCAGAAAUUGAUUAGAAUGAUCCAAUAUAUGAAUAUAUAAGCAGUGCAAAUUUUGCAACAGAUAUAAAAGUUUGUAUAAAGUAGAUAAUGUGUUGUUUAUUGAGUGAAUCGCUAAAGGUACCUAGUGAUUCAAGUGAUGAUAGAUUUUAAAUUUGUUUAAAUUUUGAGAAUUUAGGAGAUGAUGUGAAAUAGUUUGAAUAAUUCAAAUAAAUUAUUUAAGAAAUUGAUGAUCAAUUAUGGGAAGAGAAAAUAACAAAGAAAGUAAGAUUAUAUAAUAAAAAAGUUAAAAAUGAAUGAUCCUUAAUUAAAGGCAGAAAUUCAUGAUAGAUUAUUAAAGAAGAAAAAUCAAUAAUCUUAACCAUUUCUACCAACAUAAAAUAAUUUGGAGAAGAUAUAAAAAUUAAACAAGGCUUAGAUUUCAUAAUUUAAGAUAGUGAAUGUUAAUUAUGCAGUGAAAUUAGAAGUGAUAACUAAUUAUUAGAAUAUUUUUAUAAAAGGAAAUUACAUAAAGUUAGGAAGAUUUAUAAGUUAGACUCCAUGGAUAAUAAAUGGAAAUAGAAUUUAUGAAGAAUCGAUUGAAGAUCUUGUGAGUAGUGAAGCAUGUAAGAUUUUUAAACCUUCAAGUAUAAAGUUUCAUUCUGGAGGGAGAGAAGAUAUUGAUGUAAGAAUGUUAGGAAAUGGUAGACCAUUUGCAAUAGAAUUAGUAGAUCCUCAUAAAGGACUUUAGAAUUAGAGCUAAGAAAUUCUAAACUAAAUAGAAUUUUAGAUAAAUUCACAUAAUAUUGUUAAGGUGACUCCAUUAUCAUUUACUGAUGCAAGUAUUUUUGAAGAGUUGAAGAAUUCUGAAAUAAACAAAGUUAAAGCUUAUUGUUGUAUUGUUGAAUGUAAGAAUGUUGUGAAUGUAGAAUUAAUCUAAUAAGCAAAUUAAAUCAAGGAUUUAAUUAUUAAAUAAAAAACACCUAUAAGAGUACUUCAUAGAAGAACUUAGAUGAUAAGGGAUAAGAUUAUUCAUUCAUUAUAGAUCAAACAAAUUAAUGAAAAGUGGCUCUUAGUUUAUAUUUUAAGUAGUGCAGGUACAUACAUUAAAGAAUUCAUUCAUUCUGAUUUAGAUAGAACAAAUCCUAAUCUAUGUUCUUUAUUGUAAAAUGAAUGUGACAUUUAUUAAUUAGAUGUAAUCAAACUAUAUGAAAAGAUUGAUGAGAAUGUUAUUGUUAACUUUAAAAGUUUAGAUACAGAAUGUGGAAGUAAGAUUUGA